UGUAGUAUUUUAACGUCUCGCGAGAAAUGCUUUUAUUUCGAAGCCGAGUCUUCUGUCUUCCGGGUAGGGGGCGGGGUUAACAGCUAGUGUACACACAGCCACUGUGGUGUUUUUCUACUGUACGUCUCUUCACAAGUAUCUGCGCAUUGCUCACCAGGUGUAGAGCCCAUGAUGGAGGAGAAUGAGGAGCAGCCACACGUCCAGCAUUCAGACGCCUGUGUGGAGGACAGAGAAUCCGACAGAUGCACUUUCAGGCUACACAUGGUCACAUGGAAUGUGGCCACAGCUAAUCCUCCAGAUGAUGUAACCUCGCUUCUUCAUCUGAACUCUCAGACAGUAAGCCCAGACCUCUACGUAAUUGGUCUACAGGAGGUGUCCUCGGGGCUACUAAGUUCUGUGUCACAACUUGUUAACGAUGACUCGUGGAGUCUCCUGUUCAUGUCGACCUUAGGACCACAGAAUUACAUCAAGGUAUCAUCUAUCAGAAUGCAGGGUCUGCUGUUGCUCUUCUUCUCCAAACUGAAGCAUGUGCCCUUCAUCAGAGACAUCGUGACGACAUACACUCGUACAGGCCUUUUAGGAUACUGGGGGAACAAAGGGGGUGUGUCCAUCCGUUUGUCCUUCUAUGGCCACAUGCUCUGUUUCCUCAACUGCCACCUGGCUGCUCAUAUGGAAUAUGCCACUGAGAGAGUGGAUGAAUUUGAGUACAUCAUGGACGUGCAGAAGUUUGAAUGUGAAAAGGCUCCAAGUAUUGCUGAUCACAGACUGGUUUUUUGGUUCGGUGAUCUCAACUUCAGAAUCCAGGACCAUGGCAUGCACUUUGUCCGCUCCUGUAUCAGCAAUCAAAACUACAAUCUCCUGUGGAGCAAGGACCAGUUGAUCAUGAUGAAGGAGAAAGAACAGAUGCUUCAGGAGUUUGACGAAGGACCUCUGGACUUUCAACCCACGUACAAGUUUGACUUAAACUCUGACACUUAUGACAGCAGGCGAUUCAGGACAUGGUUUGGCUUUAAUGGAAAAAAGCGCAAACCAGCCUGGACAGACAGGAUCCUGUGGCGACUCAGACCCAAACCACCAAACCCUGACAAGCUAGACGGAAACAUGGAGGAUGUGACGGAGGUCAGGGAGCCAGAGGAGGAGGAAAAGUACCCGAUGACGAUCGUGCAGGACCUGUAUACAAGCAACAUGGAGUAUAGAAACAGUGAUCACAAGCCUGUCAUUGGUACUUUCACACUUGAGCUGAGGAAGAUGUACAGCACUCCGCUGGUGCAUCUGCAGGCAGAGGGUGAUUGGAGUGCAGACAUUGAUGCCAUGGUCAGCUACACCCCUCUGCAGCAGUUCCCCUCCAGUACAUGGGACUGGAUUGGACUCUAUAAGGUUGGUUUCACCAGCAUGAGUGACUACAUCACCUUCACAUGGGUCAAAGACACCGAGGUGGGCUUCAAUGAAGAAGUCAUUCAGGUGUAUGUUAGUAAAGAGGAAAUCCCAGUGCGGGGAGGACAGUGUGUUCUGUGCUACUACAGCAGUAUUCUGCAGUGCAUCAUUGGAGUCAGUGACCCAUUCAAGGUCCAUGAGUCCAAGGUAGCCAUUGAGGAAGGCUUAAUAUCUGAGAGGAUAAAUGGACUGGACAAAGCCAUAGCACGUGACUGGUCUUAAGAGGUCAUAGCUGUGAUAUGAGGUAGAGAUGUAAUGGUUUCGUCCCGGAUUUUCUGAAAGAACUCAUAACUGUGCUUGCUUAUCUGGCUGUGAAAGAGCAGGUCAGCAAACGCACCACUAACCAUUCUAUUGCUACUGGUGUAGAUUUAGGUUGCUCAGUUCUCCGUUUACAACUGGUCUAUAUGGUCACAUUCUCUGUACAAGGUGUACAUGGUGUACAUGGUGUAAUUCUGACUAAAAUGAAACAUUAUCCUUGAAUUUGCAGGUGAAGAUGGAACCUCAAAUUUAAUUUGUCUGAGCAAAAAAAGUGUAGUGUAAAGCAGCUUUGAGUGGUUGUCAAGACUAGAAAUUGUAUAUAAAUACAAACCAUUUACAGCUUUGUGAGAGAGACAUUGGAGGACUUAGGGCUGUUCACAUGCAGCAUCUUUUGCGCACACAAAUACUUUUUUUAAUGAAGACGGCCCUUAAGACACAUG